AUGGCUGGAGAACGCUUCUGCCUGGCCGAAGUGCUUGCUGUCGCAAAGAUGCAUCCCUUCUACAAUCCAGAGAUUCAAUAUCCCCCAGAUGCCAAUGCAAUUCGCGCGGCGCGUGAAUGGAUCGUUGGAAAUGCGCCAGAGGCUGAUAUUCGUGCCCAGCCAUUGUUGCAAAAGAAUGACAUAUACAAGGCAGUCGAGCGAAUGAUGCAUGAUAUGAGCCCGGAGAAUGUCUACCGUCAAAGCUCCUACAUGAGCAUCACUGGUGGCGGGUCCGGUGGACUACCCAUGAUGUUUGCGGUGGAUGUGCAUGAGAACCGUCGACAGAGACUUCAAAUGGGAGAGCUUCUUCGGACGUGUGGACUUAUCAAUCCUACGGAUUGGGUGCUAUCUCUCCACAUAUCCGGGGGAUUUUAUAGGUCGUUAGAUCUCACGACAGAAGUCAUGGAGAAUGCAGGAGCUACGGUCCUCAGUGGAGGAAAUUACAUGGCUCUUGAAGAGGUCGUCGACUCUCUGGCUCAUUAUCACGUUAACGCAUUGACCGGAGACGCCAGCCAGAUCAUCCAGAUGGUGAACUACAUCUCGACGCUGUUGCCGGAAAAGCGCAAUCAGAUAAAUCUCACCAAAAUAAUCUAUACGUCAGAGCCAUUGACAGGCACCCAACGCGCACUCAUCCGUGCAACUCUAGGCGAUGUCAAGAUCUGCUCUAUCAUGGGGAGCGCAGAGGCAGGGCCUUGGGCAUUAAGCACCCCUGAUCUAGUCAGCGAGGAGAAUCUUUCAGGUAGCACGAUGGAUUUCAUCUUUGAUACUCGCAGUAUCAUGAUUGAGAUUCUUUCACCCACGGCCCUGGACGACCAAGACUCCUCCCCGGAGCCACUUCCGCUCGGCGAGACCGGGAUUAUUGUACAGACUUCUCUCCAGCGUCUGCGCAAUCCAUUAGUUCGCUAUAUCACCGGCGAUAUCGGAUCCCUGCAUCCUCUCCCGGAGUCUGCCAGCGUCCUGAUCCCCAAGAGUGAACGGGAGUUCCUGCGGGUAUUGCGCAUGCGGGGCCGUGACCGUCGCUUUAGCUUCAAAUGGUACGGGGCCUAUUUUGAAUUCGACAAUAUGAAAACCAUCAUGCAGGCGGAGGAUUCCGGGAUCCUGCAAUGGCAGGUGAUUCUGGACCAGCUGGAGUCGUCGUUGCAGCCGACUCUGGAAGUUCGUAUGCUUCGUGCACCUCCUUGCGCGGAGAUUCUCUCCGAAGAGGAAGUAAUCAAAACCCUGAGGACGUUCUUUCUUGUGUUACCGGAGAAUGAACAUUUCUUUCGCAUUGUAUUUGUGAAGGAUUUGAGUGGGUUUGAGCGGAGUUCUACUGGCGGGAAAGUGAUUAAUUUUAUUGAUCGGUUGCAUUGA